AUGAGAAACAACAAGAUUUCAUGGGUUCAUGCAUUUCCUGCCUUCCAGAAUUCAAUGAAAGAGAAAUUUGAUGAGGGUUUGACCUCAACUGCUGUCCGUAAACGUUUUAUUGCACUCAUGACGAACCCUGAGAUGAAAAAACUCUAUGACAAUUACGAAAAAGGAGCCUUGACUUCCGACAACGCUGACAACAAAUAUUUUCCUCAAGCUGUUGGAACCUUGGACUACUUUGCCAUAAAUGUUAGAAACCUUUCCAUCUAUUAUCUCGAUCAUUGUGGUUGGUUAGACUCAUCCUUCAUUCAACAGAAACCACUGAACGCUCGUUUGUUGGCAAUGGAAGGUAUUGACACUGGACAUAUUGGAACCUUUAUGCAGCAAUACACAAGUGGUGGUUAUGACUGUCCAAAUCAACAAUUUUUUGAUUGGUUUAAGAAGAUGUGUUUGGAUAGAGUACAAAGCAGGAUAAAGGACAUCAUACUUCCACAAGAUACCGAAUUUGUUGUACGAAAUGAUGAGUCGUUUCACUCCCUUACUCUAACUGAAAUGUUGAAGGUCAGUGAAACACCCAGUAUCAUUGGUAUUAAGGGUGAGGAUUCUAAGUUUGUUGGAGAAUUUAGUAAAAUUCAAAUAGAAGCGAUGAAAACAACCGAAUAUGGAAUUCUUGGAACCGAAAAAGGUACAUUCAAAGGAUUUUCCGAACAUCAACACAAAAACUGCUGA